CGGGGGCCGGGCGGUGCGGGCAGCGGGGGGCCGCGACCCGGGGCUCGCCGCGCCCCUCCGGCCCCCCAGGGCCGCGGGGAGCCCGGACAUGGGCGUUUGGCUGCCCCGGGGCGUGUUGGUACCUGCGGGAGGGYGCCCGCUGCAAAGUCCCUUCUUCCCAUGAGCAGCGCCUGCUCCCGGCGCCGGGCUCUCGCCAUGGACACUAUGAAAACCACCUACAUCGUGCUGGAGCUCAUCAUCGCCGUGCUGUCCAUCGCCGGCAACGUGCUGGUCUGCUGGGCUGUGGCCAUCAACAGCACCCUGAAGAACGCCACCAACUAUUUCCUGGUGUCGCUGGCCGUGGCCGAUAUCGCCGUGGGGUUGUUGGCCAUCCCGUUCGCCAUCACYAUCAGCAUUGGGUUCCAGGUGGAUUUUCACAGCUGCCUCUUCUUCGCCUGCUUCGUGCUGGUGCUGACGCAAAGCUCCAUUUUCAGCUUGCUGGCGGUGGCCAUCGACAGGUACCUGGCUAUUAAGAUCCCACUGAGGUACAACAGCCUGGUGACCGGCAAGCGGGCCAGGGGACUGAUCGCCGUGCUGUGGCUCCUGUCCUUUGGGAUCGGACUGACCCCACUCAUGGGCUGGAACAAAGCCAUGAGCGGCUGUCCCAACGCCACCAACGAGACGGGGGCUGACACUGGCACAGAGCACCACGGCUGCUUCAUCUCGUGCCUCUUUGAGAACGUGGUGACCAUGAGCUACAUGGUCUACUUCAACUUCUUCGGCUGYGUGCUGCUCCCGCUCGUCAUCAUGCUGGGCAUCUACAUCAAGAUCUUCAUGGUGGCCUGCAAGCAGCUGCACCAGAUCGAGCUGAUGGGCAACUCCAGGACCACCCUGCAGAAGGAGGUGCACGCGGCCAAGUCUCUGGCCAUCAUCGUGGGGCUUUUUGCCUUCUGCUGGCUGCCCCUGCACAUCUUGAACUGCAUCACGCACUUCCACGAGGAGUUCUCCAGAUCCAAGCCCGAGUGGGUGAUGUACGUGGCCAUCAUCCUCUCCCACGCCAACUCCGUCAUCAACCCCAUCAUCUACGCCUACAGGAUCAGGGAUUUCCGCUACACCUUCCGCAAGAUCCUCUCCAAGAUCCUCUGCAAGAGUGACGAUUUCCCCAAGUGCCCUGGGGACACCAACCAGCACUUGACUGUCAUCAACAUCGACUCCCCGGUGGCCUCGGUGACCGUAUGACCCUGCCCCUGCUGGCCCUGGGUCCCCAGCCCAUCCCUGGCACUGCCCUUCCCCUUGUGAGCGGCUCCAGGAGCUCCGACGGGGCUGCUCACAGAUGACCACUAUGCAGUUGUGCAGCUGUGUUUUGAUUUUUAUUUUUGUAAUUAACGUAGUGCCUCGUAGAGGAGUGACCUGAGCGGGGACACUGAGUGCGGCUCACCCUCCUCUGUAACCCCAGGGGGUGUGAGASCUGUGAUCCUGUCCUGUUUCCUUUCCAGGUGUUUCCUUUCCAGGUUGGACACUGACUGGGAAAGACUCACCUGCUGGGGGGAUGUUUCCCCAAUUGUGCUGCUCACGUCAAGUCAUAGGAUCUUUAUUUUAAUUAUUAUUAUUAUUAUUAUUUUUUAAUAUUUUUAUUCAUUUAGGAGUAAUAAUUUUGUGUCUGUUUUUUGAGUUGUUCUCCAAGUCCAUACUUGACAGCACUUUGGUAAUACCCUAAUUAUUCCAUCAAUUGUUUGAUGCAGCUUGUAUUCUCCGAUGGGAAAAAGUCUUACUUAGCCCAGUUGCUGGUGUGAAACUGAAUCUGUAUUCCAGGCACUGAGGGGAGGGAUYCUUAUUUUUCCUGAUCCUGGCCUGCAUCAAUAACAAAAAAGAGACCAGAAGGGAGCUAUGGUGUGUGAGGAUCUAGAAUGGCCUGGCUUGUGAGCUGAUCUUGGCCAAGCUCUCUGGGGAAGAAGUUCCCCUUGCAGGUUGUCACUCUGAGCAAGGCCAAAGCCCACAGAGCAGCAGAGCACUCUUAAUUAUACUGCAGGUUAAUAACUCUGCCAGCACAGCUCAGUAAUUACUGCACAGUUCAACAUGUGACUGUGAUAGCCCAGACUGGACAGAAGCAGAGAGAACAGAGAGUUAAUCUGGGAAGAACGAGGUGAUGGUGAGAGCAGAGAUGGAGCUGCUCCUGACCAGCUCAGACCUGCCACCACCUCGCUGUGGUCCCUCUGAAGCACUCGGUGCCAGCAGCAUCAUCCUGCAACUGGUGAGAGGCUGGAGUGCACGAAUUAAAGUAUUAAACCCACGUUGUGGCAGUAACUCGUGCAGGGAGGCAGAGAGAGGCAGCAGRGCUCCCAGAGCCAGGCUGCAGGGAAGGAAGGUUAAACACAGCCAGUUCCUGAGCAACAGGUCCAGUGGACAGACUGCCAUGCCUGGAGCAGUUUGUCCCUGAAAAAUUGUACUUGAAUCACACAGAAAUCAACUUUAUAUUUUUUUUAACUGUGUUGCACUAAAAGGRGGGUAAUACAAGACCACAGGAGUUUCAUUUCUCUGGCAUAURAAAUAACAAAUACAGCGUAAAAUCAGUUGAAAAGCUGAAGAAACCUUGUUCCUGCAGCAUUUCCUCUGCCAGCUGGCAAGACCUGCAGACAGCAGCUGCAGGAAUGACUUUGGGCCCACCACGCACAGGGAAWGGCUCACUGGGAGUGCUGGAUUUCACUGCCACUGCAGCAGCUCGGCUGUGAGAGCCAGCCCCAAACCUGGGUGAAAUCCCCCGUGAGCUCUGAAUGGCUUUGKACAUGUUUAUGCAAUGUUCAAAUUUAGCUGCAGCUCUGUCUCUCUCAGACAUGGGCAUUCCCAACAAGAACCUGAGGAGUUCAAGUCCCCGUCCCGAGCACUCCUCCUUUUACAGUCCCAUUGAGCUUUGCUGCAUCUGCCUUGGGCAGRGUCCAGCUGACACAGGGAGCCAUCUCCUGCCAUUUGGGCAGGGCCUGACUCUCUYCCCCGUUCAUUCUUUCCCUUCUGUGUUAUCUUUGGCCGAGUUCCUYCUGUUAAUCACAGCUGGAAACGAGCAGGGUUUCACCUGCAGCUCUGGCAGCGUUGCCAAGUGGUUGCAAGCCGCAUUUAUCCUCACAACAAAGGAUGUAAUCUCUCCCUUUGGCUGGCUGAAAACCACCCAAACUCUCCCAGMAGCAACAGAGUGAAACUCUCAGGGCUGUAACACCAAAAAAAAGAGUCCCACAACACUUGUCCACAUGUGAGAGCUUCCAGUGCAGCUCAGAAUCCACCACUGCUCCCUCUCUGUGCCUCCCAUGAGCCAGAAUUCUGCAGAUGGACGUGGUGCAUCCUUAGUCCAGCCAGGCCAUUGGGUUGUUGGGCAUUAACUCUGGCCCAGGUCAUGGGCACUGGGCCUUUGUGGAUCUGAGCCAAAGACAUUUUAAGGCAGAAUAAAAAUAGGACACCUCCCUUACCCCCCUCAAUAAAAACCUCUGAAGGUUUCCAUAAAAAUGUGAAGCAAAAACGGCAGAGGAACUUUGUGUAGUGAGCACAGCUGCGGCCAUUCAGCUGUCACUGCUCUAAUGUUCACAGGUGGAUGUGUUUUCCUGGUGUUGCUCACAUUUUGUAUUUGCAGUAACUGUUAUUUACAUACAAAAUGCUUCAUUUACCAGCCACACACCCCGGCUCAGCCUGUGCCCCGUUAUUUCUUGUGGUUGAUGCGUUCACAAAGUGCAGGACAUGAGACCACACUGCACUCGGGGAGGACA